UCUCUCUCUUUAUCCACCACCAGCGAUCCCCCCACCAUGCCACGCAAAGCCGCACUUACCGACGCGUCCGCCGAGCCCCGCCGCUCCGCACGCAUCAAAGAACAGCCCAGAUCCGAGGCUGCGCCCAAGAAGGCCCCCGCGAAGCCGCGCGCGAAGAAGGCCAAGGCAGAGAGCAUUGAAAAGGACGGCUCUGCCGACGAGAAAAAGAAAGAGGACAAACCGAAGCCGGCGCGUGGCAAGAAGCGCACGGCCGACGAGGUCCAGGAGGAAGACGCGGCAGUCACGAACGGCGCGCCCGCCGACGAGGACGGGCCGCCCCCAGCGAAGCGGGCCAAGCCUGCAUCUAAGGCUGCGUCGAAGCCGCCCUCCAAGGCUGCUGCUAAGCCUCCGUCGAAGGCCGCCUCUAAGCCUCCGUCGAAGGCUGCCUCCAAGCCACCAUCGAAGGCAGCAGAUACCUCUAGCAAGCCUGCAUCGAAAGCAUCUGCAAAGCCUGCGUCGCGUGCAGCUUCUGCGAAGCCUCCAUCUACAUCGAAGAAACCAGCGUCCCGCGCUGGGUCUCGUAAGCCCGCGUCAAAGGUAGGCAACGAGGAGAAGGACGCCGUUGCCGCUGCUCCAGGCCAGGAUAGCAUCGCGGAAGAGCCCGAGGCUGAGGCCGCAGCCGAGGCUGCUGCCCAAGAGGCACCUGCUGAGGUGGCCGCUGAGGCUUGAUAACGUACACGCAUGAAUACCGCACGACCCCAUCUCCUUGGCUUGCUCUCUCAGUGUUCCUCUCCUACAUUAUCGCAGCACCCCGUGCCCACGCAUAACGUGGCCUCGCAGUCGCGCAGCCCUAUCUUCUCUUAUUCCUAUUUCCGACUCCCUCUUUCUCGAUUCCCUUGUCUCCAAUUCCUUUCAACUCAUAUCCUCGCUUUGUGUUGCAAUCAACCGCUGCUGUGUCACUGUCUCCGCUACUGUCAUCUCAGGCACACGUACUCGUACUGAACUGUUAUACUAGUAGUCUGGUGGAAAUGGGUCGGCCGUGCGGGCGGGACGCUGUACAAAGCCUCUUCUCCUUGGUGGUGUAGAGACAUUAGGUCCCAUGUGUGUAUAUUCUAUGUAUGUUGAUGUUGUUUGAGUA